AUGGAGCCGGCCGGAUCGCCUCGCGCGCAGAACGCGAUGCUUCCCCAGCUACGCCAUGUGGACUCCUUAGGCGCUGAAACAGCGCCUAUCCCCUCAGCUCCCCGCGCGGGAACGCCGCAGUCAAACCCGCGAACUGCUACCCCGCCCUAUUGGAGACACUCGCGCAAUAUCUCGCAUGCAUCCCACACCUCCUUAGACCGGUCCAGUGGCCUGAUAACGCUAGAGGAUCAUAGCGAGGAUCCCUCAUGCGAUACAAGCAAGGGCCUUUGGGCGAAAAACGUAACUAUUGAUGACUAUGCUAUUGUCAAGGGACAGUCCGGAAUCGGGGCAUAUGUUGUGUGGAUAUGUAACAUCCAGACUCUCGAGGGAGCAUCUAUGGUAGUUCGAAUGAGGUACUCCCAAUUCGUAGACCUUCGAUGCAAGCUUGCGGAGGCAUAUCCCUACUGCAAAAAGUCGUUGCCAGCUUUACCACCCAAGAGUGCACUCUUUAAAUUCAACGCAAAGUUCCUCGAAGCAAGGCGACAGGGUCUUGCUUAUUUUUUAAACUGCGUUUUACUGAACCCAGAGUUCUCUGGUUCUCCUAUUCUUAAGAAUACCCUUUUCACCCAUUCUGCCUAA